GCGGCUGACGCCACCAAAGGGCUGUUGUUGGUCUUCUGUCAAACAAACCGCGAUACACUCUUACAGUCGCUUUGAUUGCUCACAUGUUUCAUUGUAUAUUUGUGUUUUGAUGUAAAUAAAAAGAUUACUGCAGCGGAAUGUUUGAACUCCGGUGAAGCGCGAGGCUCAAAGGCAUCUCUGAGCUGCACCCUUCUCGUGAACUCUGCCCCAUCCUUGUUUGUCCACACCAUCUGAGUGGCGUUCAACAUCCUGGAUGAAGCACUACAGCUCUUUUCAUGAUCCUUAACUGACGGUGUUUUGGUGGAGCUGAAGGACAGCAGAUCUUGGAUCUUCUGAUGGAGCGGGUGACGGGUAUCUGUUGGUAUGCCGCCCUGCGCUCUUGUUUUCCAGUACUCACCUGGCUGCCCAGGUAUAACCUGACCUGGCUGAAGAUGGACCUGAUCGCGGGUCUGACGGUGGGUUUGACCGCGGUUCCUCAGGCUCUGGCCUACGCGGAAGUGGCCGGUUUACCUGUGCAGUACGGCCUGUAUUCUGCGUUCAUGGGUGGUUUCAUCUAUUGUGUAUUUGGGACAUCUAAAGACAUCACGCUGGGCCCGACCGCCAUCAUGUCCCUGCUGUGUUCGGCGUAUAUCGGUGGAGAUCCUGUGUUUGCGGUGGUGCUCACACUGCUGUGCGGCGUCAUCCAGGCAGGAAUGGCUCUGAUGAGACUGGGUUUCCUCUUGGACUUCAUCUCAUAUCCAGUAAUUAAAGGCUUCACCUGUGCUGCUGCUGUCACCAUCGGCUUCGGUCAGGUCAAGAAUAUUCUGGGUCUGAAGGAGAUCCCACAGCAGUUCUUCUUACAGGUUUACUACACCUUCCACAAGAUCCCUGAGGCCAGAGCUGGAGAUGUGAUUCUGGGUCUGUGCUGUCUGUUCUUUCUGGUCAUGUUGACGCUGAUGAAGAAUUCUCUGGGUUCGUCUGAAGACGAGGCUCCUCUCCUCAUCUGGUCUGCCCGCAAGCUGGUGUGGAGUUUAGCUACUAUCCGGAACGCUCUGGUCGUCAUAGCAGCGACAGCUGUUGCGUAUUCCGCAGAGGUCGCCGGACACCAUAUCUUCAGUCUCACCGGGAAAACUGCCAAAGGACUGCCUCCUUUCAAAGCCCCGCCCCUUUCAGAGACUGUAGCCAAUGGCACGGUGAUUACUUUCAGUGACAUCGCGAAGGAUUUAGGCGGCGGUCUGGCUGUUAUUCCUUUAAUGGGCGUCUUAGAGAGCAUCGCUAUUGCGAAGGCUUUCGCCAGCAAGAAUAACUACCGAAUCGAUGCUAACCAAGAGCUCUUUGCCAUCGGUCUCACGAACAUCAUGGGCUCGUUUGUGUCGGCGUAUCCCGUCACGGGCAGCUUCGGAAGAACCGCUGUGAACUCUCAAACCGGAGUGUGUUCGCCCGCUGGAGGGAUUGUCACAGGUGUGAUAGUGCUGCUGUCGCUGGCGCUCCUCAUGCCGCUCUUCUUCUACAUCCCUAAAGCGUCACUCGCUGCCGUCAUCAUCUGCGCCGUCAGUCCCAUGAUAGACUUCAGAGUGCCAGUCCAGCUCUGGAGAGUCAAGAGACUCGAUCUGCUGCCAUUCUUGGUGACGUUUGUGGUCAGUUUCUGGGAGGUGCAGUAUGGCAUUGUGGGAGGUGUGGUUGUUUCUGGAUUCAUGCUGUUGUAUAUCGUGGCCAGACCCAAAGUGAAAGUGUCUGAUCACGGUGUGCUGCUUCUGGAGCCGGACAGUGGGCUGAACUUCCCCGUGACAGAGCAUCUCAGCAGGCUCGUGUACAAACAUUCUGUUCAGCGUCUCCUGCACGCUGUCUGGUUCUGGACUGUUCUCACGUCAGCUCUAUAGACUUCACUGUCGUCCAUGAGCUCACUGAACUGCUCAAACAGAUCGAGCUGAGAGGAGUAUCGAUGAUCUUCGCUGGA